AUGGAAGAGGCUGUAGUGGCUGUAGUGGCACAGAUCAUUGUGUAUCGUCUAGGGAAAAGACAUAAGACAUUGAUAGUUCGUUUCUUUGAGAAACAUGGAUUGGCAAUAGAAGGGGUAAGGGCUGAUGAAGGUACUUUCCCCCUCCUGAACGCUCCUGCCGGCUUCUCUUUUGCUGAGAAGCUCAGCAGCGAGCGACGGGCUUAUACAAAAUGA